AUGUCGCUCGUACCUCCCGACCCUUCUCAGAACUUUUCGCACAUCUUGCGUCUGCUCAACACCAAUGUUGACGGCAAGAACAAGAUCAUGUAUGCCUUGACCGAGAUCAAAGGUGUGGGACGCAGGUACGCGAACAUGGUCUGCAAGAAGGCAGAUGUCUCGCUCGAGAAGCGUGCCGGCGAGCUCAACUCCGACGAGCUCGAGCGGAUCGUAACCAUCCUGCAAAACCCUGCGGAAUUCAAGAUCCCCAACUGGUUCUUGAACAGGCAAAAGGACAUUGUCGACGGAAAGAACUCUCACAUUCUGUCCAACAACGUCGACAGCAAGCUGCGUGACGACAUUGAGAGGCUCAAGAAGAUCCGCGCUCACAGAGGUCUGCGUCACUUCUGGAACUUGCGUGUCCGUGGUCAACACACCAAGACUACUGGUCGUCGCGGUCGCUCCAUUGCGGGCAAGAAGAAGUAAACAGCGAGUGCGCAAAACACUCGCAGAGGAUCAGAUUGGCGUUGCUCGAAGCGGUCAAGCAAUGCCAAUCCUUCUUCGCCUCCUCUAUGCUCAUCACCCCGAUCAUCGUCAUCACGCCCACAAGUCUUCACCAUGUGCAGUAUUCAGGCUCUCUUGCCCCCAAGCAACAAAAGUACGACCCGCGCUGUUUGACUGUCAGCAUGCCUGCAUGACCGAGGCUCGGUGGCCUGCUCGAGCGUGUUGCAAGGCAAGCAUGGUAGAAACCGGGCCGUUCAUCUCAGCCAGUCGGUAUCACUGGAGGCGUCGCAUGGACAAGGGGUGCAUGCGUUCAUUGGCUGCGUGGGUGCGCGUAC